UCGUGAGCUUCGGGAAAGGUGCGGGAUUGAGAGGGUCGUCGGGAAUGGCCGGCUUGAGUAAGGAUACCUUGGCGGCAAGCGGUAUGCUUCCGUCCCCCGUCGGGGCUGCUGCGCCCGCGAUCCGUCAGUCUCUGGUUAAGCACGUUCAACCCCGUCGGCACGGGACGUGUGUGCAGGUCGAAAAGACGCCGCGAGCGGACGCGGGCUGUAGAAUGUUGGUCCAGAC